UUAAAUAAACAAAUAAUAUUAAUCGAAAAUACAUAAAAGUAUGUACAGUUUACAAAACAAGUAAGAAAUAUAAACUCGGACUAAAGUGAACUAUAACAAGUGAAAAUAAUUGAUGGAAACUUGUCUCAAGAAAAUAUCCAAAUUUUUGGUCCCUUGCCUCGAAAUUUUUGGUCCUUGUGAACUGUGAUUGGGAACUGCAUUCCAGGAUAUUUCCCUCGAAAUUUCAUAAUCAAAACGGGAUGGCUUUUAUCCAAAGUCAAAAUGAGUUAUCUCUGUAUGUGUUUUUAUGAGAGUAAUUCAAUUCAGAUAAAACAUGACACCAAUUCUCAUCCAAAUUUGGAGAUGGCUGAUGCAUCCAAAGGUGUGGAGAUUUGGGGGCUUUGCUUCAGCUGUAGUUGGAUUGCUUUGUUAUGCUCUCAGUUCUUCCUUCAACUAUCUCUUUGGAGAAUGGAAUCUUUUGAAGAUUUUUCUUUACACCGUUUUCAGCUUCAUAAUCUGUCUGGUGAUUCUAUUUGCAAGGAUAUGGAGACACUCAAGAAGUCUUCGUUUCAAAGCUCACGCAGCAUAUUUGGCAUUAACAAUCACCUCUGUCUAUUCAUUUUUCUUUGAUAAAGUUAUGAAUGGAAAACCAGAUGCAUAUAGUAUCAUUUCAUGUGCUGCCUUUUCUAUUAUGUCACUCAGUUUGUCGCGUCAAACUCAGUGCGGAUUUGAAGUGGAUCUUCUUUACUUUUUUCUAGGAGUUCUAAUUGUACAACUCAUGAAGAUUAAAUUGCAGUUAUUCAUUGUUGGAGCAGGUUUCAGCUAUUCACUUAUUAUUCUUCGUUCUUCAUUUUCUUCAUUAGAUGCCAUUGCCAGAGCAGAUAAUGAAGAUGGAAAUUCAGUGACUAUUAACAUGAAUUCCCUACAAUUGGACAGUGCUGAUAUUGCUAGCAAUCGCAUCGAUUCACCACAAUUGGUCGGUAGUGAUUUCAAUAGUAUGAUGGAUCAACUCGAGACUUAUGUGAAGGCGCUUGAGCAGGAAAAUUCAAAUCUCAUUGAAAUGCUUUUGGAGUCAAUUAAUCACUUCUCAUAUAUUGACACAAGUGUUGAUGAUAGAGUCUCACUACUAAAUUGUGUGGUUGAGCUGAACGUGUUUGCAACAAGCUAG